AUGCACCACCGGUCACUUUUUUACUACGCUUUUAUUUUUAUUAUCGACACCUUGGGAAUAUUGGCAAUAUAUUCCCUUGGAUAUACAUUUUACCGCACCAAAAGGUCCAAUUUUUUCCGCGUUUUCCUUUUCCGGCCUUUGGGGAUAUUAGUUUGGAACGAAUCCGCAGCGCGCGACCACAUAAAUUAUUUUGUACGCCCACACAAAUCUACAACGAAACGGCCGAUUUUAUUCAUUUACGGUAUCGGCGUCGGUGCGGCCCAGAACCUAAUAUAUUUAGACAGCAUUCCCAAAAACGUUGGGGUUAUUGUUAUAAAAUUUUUGCCCAUUUUAUCCCGUAUUUUACCGCCUUUUUGCAGCGUUUCCGAAAUGGAAACAUCGGUCGCCGCUAUUUUAGACCAACAGGGUUUCGACGAUAUUGUCCUCGUCUCGCAAAACUACGGCAUUUUUCUGACCACGCCGCUCCUUCUUUUACCCCGUAUGGCAUCCAAAAUCAGUGCACGUUUUUCGUGGCGCGAGCAUAUCUUUUGGCGCGAGAUGCUGCGGGACCCAUCGCCGUCGACGGCGCUUGCGCACGUCGCGAAGCGCCGGACUACUGUUAUCAUUGGCGGGGUGGACUGCGUCACCAACCCGCUCGCGGUCGCGAGUUAUAUCGAGUUCGACAGGGCCGAGUGCACACCGCAGGAGCUCGAGGCGUUUGCGGCUUCCGAGAAGCGUUGGAACGGGUUCAAACCCCUGGAGCUUAUUUGGUUGCCGGGCGAAGACCACGGCGCCGCGCUUAUGAAGUCGAGCCGUGUUCCAUUGAGCGCCAAGGUGGUGGACAGAUAUCGUAACAAGGAUUACGCGCUGGGUAUGGGCGGCGGUACAUUCUAG